AUGCGGGUGCCGUCGGCAGGAUCGCCGGCCAACGGCCUGCUACGCAUGCAGGCUGGCAAAGACCGCGUGCCGACCAGCAGUGGGCGGAGGGGGAAUGUACGCGGUGGUGAGGGCAACCAAGAUGAGGGUGUGCCGGCCGGCCCUCCAGAAGGGCAAUAUCAGGUGGACUUCCGCCCCGAUGCCGACCAGCACCAGCUCCAGAUCCAGAUCCAGUUCCAGCUCCGGUUCCCGCUCCGGCCCCAGCUGCAGGUUACUCUUGCCCAAGUUUCAACUCUUCACUGGUCUCUGUCCUCUCUCCCUCCCUCCGAGACUCUCGGAAGCAACCAGAACAGUUUCCACUUCACCCGACCUCAUCCUCCUCGGGCAAAGUGCGAGAAACCACCACUUACGCUGGUCUUCGGUCCUUCGAUUCCCUGA